GGAAAUAUCAACAGCAUGUUCAUGGUUACUGUAUCUUUUUUUAGCCGCACUGCGCAUGUGCAGUGUGAAUAAUGUGGAAAAUGAGCUGUAGCCCUUUUUUCUUUCAAGGCUUUCGGGCUGAUUGAUGGUCGGUUUAUGUAUGCGUGUGAGUGUUAGAGAGAGAGAGAGAGAGAAAGAAAGAGUGUGUGUGUGUGUGUAUGAGAGAGAGAGAGAGAGAGAGAGUGAGAGUGUGUGUGUGUGUGUGUGUGUGAAUGCGCGCGCACGCGUGUGUGUGUGUGUGUGUGUGUGUGUGUGUGUGAAGUGGCUGAUAUUACAGGCAGGGAUCGACUUGAUUAUUCCGUCCUCCGCAUUUUUUAUUUUUAAAGCAAAAUAAUGUCCUCAAAUAAAGUGAAGAAAGUGAAAAUGGCUACCAAAUCGUGUCCGGAGUGUGACCAACAGAUCCCUGUGGCCUGUAAGUCGUGCCCUUGUGGUUACGUCUUCAUCAGCCGAAAGCUACUCCGAGAGCCUCCUGCUAUGGACAAAUCGGACGCCAAGAGAAGACGACCUGAAAGAAUAAGAAGAGAGAAGAUCAACUUAACCUCCACUAAUGACAUGGAGAACAGGAGGCGGUCCCGCUCCAACAGCCAAUCAGAUACCAUCCGGAGAGGGCGGGGCCGGCCGAAGACCGUGGGCUUGAAGAAGCAGGAGGAGGAGAAAGAAAAACAGGAGCGGGAGGUGGAUAUUUACGCGAACCUGUCGGACGAGAAGGCUUUUGUGUUCUCCGUGGCCUUAGCCGAGAUCAACCGUAAGAUCCUGGGCCAGAGACUGAUCCUGUAAGGGGGCGGAGCUACAUGUGAUUGCCUGGUGAAGGUGCAGGACUGGUGUUGCGCGGCCCUCAGGUUGACACGUGUAUCCGUGAGGAAGACGUGAGGUCAGGACUGAUGAGUGUUUGGCUCGGGCGUCCGGGCGGAUGGCUCGUGGAGUCACGCGAGGACGACGGGACGGUGACCAUGACCGUGACGCUCCUUUUAAAUAUUGUAAACAUGGACAUGUAGGAAUCUUCUCUAUUUAUCUUUAAACAGAUUUUAUGGAAUGUAUUAAAGAAGGAGUGUCUUUGUUUUUUAUUUUUAUCCGACUCGUAAUGUGUGCACAUGCUCACGUUCUCAUUCACAACACACCUUUUAUUUUUAUUUUUUUGCUAUUUUUUUUAAAAGGUUUUUUUAGUCAUGAUGAAAUAAAAUAUAACAUUUUCAAAGUAUUAAUGGAAUAUUUAGGCCAAAAAAUAUAUAUAUUUACAGAAUUCAAUAUCGCUAAGACUUGUUUAAAUUUGCUAAGUGUUUGCUGAAGUUUGCUUCUUGUACUUCAGAAGCUAACUGUUAAGGAAAGGUUUUAGCGACCGGUUUAGCUUUAUGCUCACAUUUUCACAUCAGCAGGACAGAAAAUAUUCCUAUUAUUUAUAUAUAUAUAUAAACAAAAUAUUUUAGCUGUAUUAUUCCAAACUGCCAAUCGUUGGCCACGCCCUCCUGCUUGCAAAUAGUUUAAACAUACAGUAGCACAAUGCUAAACUGGAGGCUAUAUGCUUUCCUUUUGCUGAAGAAGCAUUAAAGAAGCAAUUUCACACACCAGACACGGCUCAGCUAUUGUAUUGUUUUUUUUAUUUUUUAUUUGUUGAGCUUUCAUUUUUUACUUGGGAAAUGCAACAAAUGUGAAACGUUGACUUUCUAUAAAGGUCCUGUUUACAUCCUGCAUUCAUUUCUGCUAAUCCGGUUACGACUGUUCAGCUUGUCCCACUGGAGAUCCUCCAGAGGUCUGCCUCGAGCUGUGAUUGUACGAUGUUCUCAUUUUAUUCCGUAAAAUCUGAAUACUGAACCUGAUGGAACUUAUGGACAGCCUUUAUAUGAUAAAUAACAUAUUUAUAUAAUGGGCAAGAGAAAUAAGAGGCAGCAUGAGAAUGAGAUGGAAUUGGCCAGUAGUGUGUGUUCUGCAGUCCCAGAGAGUUGCUUGGGUAGAAAAUGCCCCACACCUGACAGCAGGAGCCCCACAAAGGCGGAAGGAGCCCUUGCUUGGGCAGAGUAAGCUUCACACUGGACAGAAGGAGCCAAGCUUGGACAGAGCCCCUGCCGUAUGGGAAGGAGCCCCUGCUUGGGCAGAGAAGGCCCCAAAUGGGAUUGAGGGAGCCCCACACUGGACAGAAGGAGCCGCUGCCUGGCAGAGAAAGCCUCUUGUAGAAUGGAGCCACAUGCUGUAAGGAAAGUAGCCCCUGCUUGGGCAGAGAAAGCCUUGAACUGGACAGAAGGAGCCCCUGCUUAGGCAGAGAAAGCCCCACACUGGACAGAGGGAAUCACGGUUAAAGUUAAUCAGAUUUCCUGCUUUCUUUGAUGCUUGUGUGAGAAAGCCCCAAACCAGAUGGAAGGAGCCCCACACUGAACAGAAGGAUCCCCUGCUUGGGCAGAAAAAUCCUCUUGCAGAACAGAGCCCCAUGCCAUAAGGGAAGUAGCCCCUGCUUGGGUAGAGAAAGCCCUACAAUGGAGAGUGAUAGUCCCUGCUUGUGCAGAGAAAGCCUCACACCAUACAGAGGGAACCAUGGUUAAAGUCCAUAAAUUUCCUGCUUUCUUUCAUGCUUGUGUCCAGUCUCUUGUUCAUUAUGACUGAUAAUUUAAGGUGUAAACAGGACCGUAAUGUACCGAGUUCUUUAUCCAGGUCACAGGUCUAAGCUUCACGUUUCUCAGAUGCCGUGUAUCUCACACCGAGCUUGUUGUAAGCUAAAACUCUCUUUUUUUUCCCCUUUAUUUAUUUCGGACGUCCCGGUGAGCCGUUCUGCUUUGUAAAUGCAACUGAUCAAAACGUGUAAGGGGGCGGACUCUGACUCUGACGCUAAUGCUGGGGAACGAACUUUAUUUAUUGUUGCUUUUCCACUCUAAUUUAAAUGCAUCUUCUAUUUCAUGCCCCCCUUUUAACGUUUAUUUCACAAAUGGUUAAAAGUGUACAUCUGUAAUAAUCACCACAACUUUAUUAAACAUCAGAGGGAGAACAUUC